UUAUGUUGUUAUUUUUGCGUAGUUUACAUCCAUUGCUAAAAAGCCGGCUGCUAGCUUGUUCUUUUGGCGCCAAGCGAAGCGUAGUGAAGGUUAUUUUACAUUCCUACUUACAAUAUUCACCCACGUCGCAAUGGAAGCAAACGGGACAGCGGACAAACUUCGUAACGUUGAGCUAAAAGCGAAGAUACAUGGUGAGGACGAGUUUGCUCGCCGUGUGACGAUUGCCAAGAAACUCACGGGCACAGACGGUACAGUAAUUACACAAAGCGACGUCUUUUUCAAUGCAUCGCAAGGACGUCUGAAGCUCCGCUACCUGACGCAUAAAAAAUCGGAACUGAUAAGUUACGAUCGGCCAGAUGUAGCAGGACCGAAGCUUUCGCUCUAUUCCAAAAUGGACAUCGACGAACCGAAGUGUCUCGAGCAAAUACUGUCCGAAACGGUCGGCAUCCGUGGCAAACUCGACAAGAAGCGUUUGCUGUUUCUGCACGGCCAGACACGAAUACAUCUGGAUGCCGUCACAUCUCUCGGACACUUUCUUGAGUUCGAAGUAGUGCUCAAACCCGAACAAACCAUUGAGGAAGGACAGGUUGUGGUGGCCGAAAUGAAGCGUUUAUUCGAAAUUUCAGAUGAAGAUUUAAUGACGGGUGCUUAUAUUGAUCAGCUGCUGAAAUAAAAGCUUUGUUUCUCUCUUCUCUUUUUAGCUAUAUUGCCAUAACCGGUCUUGAUCUGGAUUUUAUUACGCGUCAUCACAAUUCAAAAUGCAAUGUAUGUUCUCUACAGCAUUCCGCGAUUAAAACACAUUACGUAUGUAAAAUGUUGGUAGGAAGUCUAUGAAACGAUCAUCUGUAACCGCUCUCAGUUUAGAUAAGAUUAAUACCAUAGGCAUCUCUAAUCUUAAAUAGUUUCUGUUUCUGUCGACAUUGUAAAUGUUUGGCAGUGUUAGAACCUUAUUUAAAAAAGUAAACAAUUAGUAUCAGGGUCUUUAUCUGACAGUGUACACCUCUUGUUGAGGUUUUAAUUCCUUCACGGCGAAGCAUUCCCUCUGGCUUAUCAAGCACACGAACAGUCUGACUUCCCUAUCUCAUCUUGCAGCACAUCCUAAAUUGUCAUUGUGGACAAUUUGUGAUUGUGGGCCUGCAAACCCCCUCCCAGUGCGUACACGGGGUGAUUAUCCACUCGCGGCUCGUUGGCUUGUUAAACAAAUGAUAAUCCCGCGCGGGCGGAACACACAUCCACUAAGCCGCACCGACAACAGAAUCAUUUCAGAUAACAUAUGUACGCCUGUACGCGUGUGCACGCAGAACGUACAUAUCUGGCCCAAUCUUCACGCUGCAUCCGAAUCCAAAUCAAGAGGCGUGAGAAUUGAACAGCCGUGUGAAAUGAUUUGCUGUGGCAGUGCAUCAGCGGAACCGGUACUGUUCGACACUGCUGGGCUUAUCGUAACCGAAGGUUGGGAAUAGAAAGACGAACACACAAUGGUUAAGAAAAAGGCGACACAGCGUUUAUGUGGAAAGUAGUUAAGUAAGGACGGAAAUCACACAAAACCGCACGACAUAAGUUGCGCGGCAAAAAAAAAACAAAUAAAACAAAACCACAAACUCGUACCGAUUAUCGUGCAAAAGAAACGUGUCUAAAAAUAUAUUCGCUAUUUCUUUUCUCUUUGAAAAAAAAAAAAAACAGACACACACGGACUCAAACUGAUGAAGGUUUGGAAGUAAAUUUAU